AGGUAAUUGAAACCGACCUAAAGCUUCUCUUUAAUUAUUCUAAAAGGUGUCGAUGGCUCCAGAAGAUGAAGAGAAAACCUCGUUCUAUGCUGGUGACGAAAUCUAUUGCUAUGUCAUAAUGCCAUUUGGCUUAAAGAACGUAGGUGCUACUUAUUAGAAAAUGGUGACUAUCAUCUUCCGAGCUCAGAUCGGUAGGAAUCUAGAAGUUUAUGUUGAUGACAUUGUGGUAAAGAGCUUGAAAGCAGAAUACUAUCUAGCUGAUCUCGAUGAAACUUUCAACAACCUCAGAAAGAACAUAAUGCGAUUAAACCCAGCCAAAUUCAUUUUCGGCGUGGAGUCUGGGAAAUUUCUAGGCUUCAUGGUUUCUCUAAGAGGGAUUGAGGUCAAUCUAGAAAAGAUCAGAGCAAUUGUUGAGAUGAAACCACCAAAGUCAAUGAAAGAUAUACAGAGGUUAACUGGAAGGGUGGUAGCUCUGCAUAGGUUCAUAUCGAAAUCAGCAGAUAAGUGCCUGCCAUUUUUCAAGAUCAUGAGUGUCAUGAAGCCACGAAUGAUGGAGAUCAGUAUAGACCCGGACACACCAAGCUGGACUGAUUCAAUUAUCUCCUUUUUACGAGAUGGAACAGUACCUGAAGACAAGAUGAGGUUGAGGAAAAAAGUGUCUCGAUAUACACUCAUCGAUGGGGUCCUCUAUAAGAGAUCUUUCUCACUCCCUCUUCUACGGUGCUUGAAUCCCUAUGAAGCAGAGUACGCACUUCAGGAGGUACAUGAAGGUGUCUGUGGGAGCCACAUUGGUGUUGGAACCCUUGCUCACAAAGUCCUAAGAUAGGGAUAUUACUGGCCAAAUAUGUAUAAAGAUGCUACUCAUUU